GGGCCGAGCCCGCGUGCGGUUUGCGAGGUUCCGUCGCGGCGCCCCCAGCCCCCAGCCCCCGGGCGUGCUGAGAGAGUGUGCGUUAGUGUGAAGCCGUCUCGCCGCCGAGGGUGCGAGUGUUUGGGCCGAACGCAGCCACUCGGGCAACGCAGUCCAACGGCCACGCUUUCGGAGGCCUUCGGGGCCAGCCUGACCUUCUUUCACCUACUUGAGCGAGUUUUAAGAGAGGCGAACGUCUCCGCGCUCGCUCGCCCCACCCCCUAGCAGCCGGGCCGCCGCAGGGCCCCGGGCCGCCCCGACGACAGCCCUGGGAGCACCGCUCUUCGCCGCGGCCCCUGGGUGGGGAGGGUUGGCCUCUGAACUCGCUCGUCCUGCCCAACCGCUUCUGCGGCUUCUCCCAGCCCUCGGGGCCGUCGUGAGCGGCCUAGCGAGGCGUCGAGCGUGGCCCCAGCUCCCGCCUCCUCGCCUGCCCCAGCCCUGGGAGGGAGCUUUCGGCCCAUGCAGACCCGGGGUCCCUCCGCGGCCUAGGGCAGGCAACUCCGGGGGCCUGGCCAACCCCGUGGCCCCCGGGACAACGCGGAGCGCGCGCCCUUGGAUGAGGUCCCGCAGCGACGCCCCGGCCCGCCCCGCUCCUCCUCCUGCCCGGCCAAGCUGCCUCCCAUUUGGGGAGUUUUGUGGGCUUGCUUUCUCCUCCAACCUCCGCGGAGGCCACGACUCAGGCGCCGCAGCCGGCGGCUGCCUCCAUGGUGCGGGGCGGCCGCUGCUGAAGUCAGCGAAACCGAGCCUGGCCUGGAGAAGGCCGCGCAGGAGGCCAAGGCCAUGGCCAUAGCCACGUCGGCCCAGCUGGCCCGGGCACUCUACGACAACACCGCUGAGUCCCCCCAGGAGCUGUCCUUCCGCCGAGGGGAUGUUCUACGGGUACUGCAGAGGGAGGGUGCUGGUGGGCUGGACGGCUGGUGCCUCUGCUCCCUGCAUGGCCAGCAGGGCAUUGUGCCCGCCAACAGAGUGAAGCUCCUUCCUGCUGGCCCGGAACCCCAGCCCAGCCUCACCCAGGUGCUCCCAGCCCAGCCUGGCUCACCACAUCCAGCCCCAGAGCACAGCAAUGACGACCAGGAGGUAUAUGUGGUGCCACCCCCAGCUCGGCCCUGUUCUAACUUAGGACCUCCAACUGGCCCCUGCCCUCCCUCCCCUGAUCCCAUCUACAAGGUCCCCAGAGGGAAUGGGACCCAACCAGCUGCCCCUGGAGAUGUGUUGGAGGUCUAUGACGUGCCCCCCACUGCCCUCCGAGUUCCCUCCAGUGGCCCCUAUGACUCCCCUGCCUCCUUUACCCGCCCUCUGGCCCAGCUUACCUCACAGGCCCCUGAAGAGGAUGAAGCUCCCUAUGAUGUGCCUUUGGCCCCAAAGCCACCGUCAGAGCUGGAGCCAGAUCUGGAGUGGGAGGGGGGCCGGGAGCCAGAGCCCCCCCUCUAUGCUGCCCCCUCCAACCUGAAACGGGCAUCGGCCCUGCUCAACCUGUAUGAAGCGCCAGAGGAACUGCUAGCAGAUGGGGAAGGUGAAGGCACCGAUGAGGGCAUCUAUGAUGUGCCCCUGCUCGGGCCAGAGGCACCCCCUUCUCCAGAGACCCCAGGAGCCUCAGCCUCCAAUGACCUGGACACCUUGGGCCUGCUUCUGGCCAGAAGUCCCCCACUCCCACACAGGCCCCGUUUGCCCUCAGCUGAGAGCCUGUCCCGCCGCCCUCUGCCUGCCCUGCCUGUUCCUGAGGCCCCCAGCCCUUCCCCAGCUCCCUCCCCUGCUCCAGGCCGAAAGGGCAGCAUCCAGGACCGGCCUCUGCCCCCACCCCCGCCCUGCCUGCCUGCUUAUGGGGGCCCCAAGGUUGAGGGGGAUCCAGAAGGUGGGGAGGUAGACGAAGAUCCAGCAGGACACCACAAUGAGUAUGAGGGCAUCCCGAUGGCCGAGGAGUAUGACUAUGUCCACCUGAAGGGCAUGGAUAAAGCUCAGGGAUCUAGGCCCCUGGACAAAGCCUUCCCAGGGGAUCCUGAACUGCUGGAGAGGGGGCCACAGGAGCAGCAGGAGGCCCCGUCCACAGGGGAACUGCUGGACCUGCCCACCGGAGAUCUACAGCUCUUGCACUUCUACUCGGGGCAGUGCCAGAGCCACUACUCGGCGCUGCAGGCAGCCGUGGCGGCCCUAAUGUCCAGCACCCAGGCCAACCAGCCUCCACCCCUCUUCGUGCCCCAUGGCAAGCGGGUGGUGGUGGCCGCUCACCGCCUGGUGUUUGUUGGGGACACCCUCGGCCGGCUGGCAGCCUCCACGCCUCUGCGAGCACAGGUCGGGGCUGCAGGUACAGCACUGGGUCAGGCACUGCGGGCCACUGUGCUAGCUGUCAAGGGGGCCGCCCUGGGCUACCCGUCCCGCCUAGCGGCCCAAGAGAUGACACAGCGUGUGGCAGAGCUGGCAGGGCAGGCCCUGCAGUUCACCACUCUGCUCUCCAGCCUGGCCCCCUGACAGUCCUGCUCUGCCCCCUCUCCUGUCUGCCAGAGCCCUGUUUGGGGCCUUGGGUGGCAGCAGGGGUCUGUUUUAGGGACCAGGAGAGGUAGGGACCUCUCCCCUUCCAUCAUCUCAGUGUCUCACAAAGGUGUCCCUCCCCCCGCCCCCACAUCUUUUUGUACGAGCCAUUUUGUAUAAGUUAUUUAUAUUUAAUAUUAUUCCCUGCUUUGUCAAGGGCAGGCAUCAGGCCCCAUAGGGAAGGGAGGAACUGGAUUCUCCCCCAGUCUGGGGUGGAGGUUCUUGGUCACUGCACUGCCACCCACCUCUGAAAGCUUGGCCCCACAGAGAAUCAGGUGACUGAAACCUGGAGCCACCCAGAGCCCCUUUCUUGUCCUGGUUCUUGGCUCUAGAACAUCAGCACCUUAUUGUUAGCUGAGAGUGAUGGCGGGGUAUGGACCACCCAGAAUGUGGAGGUCUGGGAGAGGCCUGCGGGCUCCUCCCCACAGCAGGCAAGACAGAGCUGGGCCUUGGGCCUUGUGGUCUAGCUCUCUGACUCUGCUUCUUGGGCCCCUGGGGAAGGGGCGGGCCUGGCACCCCUCAGCCAAUCCUAUGGAACACACAUUGUGGGUGGGAUGUCUUUAGGUUUGGGGGAGAUUUUUGCUGUUUUUUCCAACAAUUAUUCAUUUGGUGGGUUUCACCUCCCAUGAUGUGCCCAGCACAGUUCUGAAAGUACAUUGUGGGGGCAGGAUGGAUAUAACUGAGUCAGUUAAAAUAAGUAAAUAAUAAAAAAAAAAGAAUACCUGCCACA